UGUUAUCCAUACAGAUCAGAACAUCUAGAAUCUGAUGAUGAAUAAGAGGGUAUGGACAGACUCGAACUGAUGUAGGAAAUCAAAGAACUCAGGAAAGAUCUUAAGACAGCACUUUCUGAACUUGACUUGUUUCGUACUACUGUAUCCAUGUCUGCAAAAGAUUAUGUCAGGAAAGUUAUGGAGUCAAGAGAUGAUCUAUCUCAGCAACACCAUAAACAUAUCCAAACCAUGCAGGACAGAACUCGUCAGGACUCAGAGACAAAUCUGGCACAGUUACGUCUCAAGCAUGAAGACGAGAUUGAAUAUCUCAAACAACUUUACAAAACAGAGUUGGAGAAGAAAACAGGAGAAGUAAAGAGGGAGAUGGAGAGAAAACUUGAGCAGGAGAUAGACAGACUGAUGGCUAAACAUCAACAGGAAAUAGAAAUAGCCAGACUACAGGAACCAGUGCUGAGUGACACAAUGACAAUGGAAGCUGGCCGUCGUCUGCAGUCUGAAAUGUCCCUGUCAGAAAAGCUUGACAAUCGUUUGCUGCAAUCAUUACAGAGACAACCAGAGGGCGCCAGUGGUACAGACAACACUGAUGUCAGUACUGGUGUAUCCAGCACUGAAAUGACAACUGAUGAAAAUGUGUCAACUAAGUUACAGAUGUUAAUGAAUCGCCUCCACAGAGAAGGUGUACAGAUGUUAAGUAUGUCAGAGUUACAGUUCCUGAAUUGUCACAUGUCACCAACUCGGAUUGAUAAAGAAGUUGAUGUAGAAUUAUUGAAAACAUCAUGGGAGAGCGAGAAACAAAGCUUACUGUCGGCUAUACAAUUACUCAAAGAUCUUUUGGCACAAACACAUAAACGCCGAGGACUUGAGAAGGGUCCUGGUGUAUCUGAUUGGAGAGGUGAACUUCUACAAGCCAUAAGUUAUGUAUUUGCCAAAGAAUGGGACACCUUAUUGGCUGAAUUAAGGUCACAUGUGUUGUCUCACCCAACCGCAGAUCUUUCUGAGAUACAGAAUUUGGAACAGAAAAUCAGAAACCAGGUAAUUAAGAUAAGUAUAUGUUAA